AUGGUUUUCACUAUGGACUCGACUUGGGACUCGGACUCCUGCGACCUCGAUGAAGGCCUCAGUAUUCCAGGUCGAAUCGGCGCAUCAAACCCACCCGCCGUUUACUCGUUCGCAGAUCUUCACGACUUCCGUAACCAGAUCAAGGACGUAGUGGUCAUUGCGGUAGACUUUGAGUGCGUCGACCACUUGGGCAAAGAGUUCGGACAGGAUUUCUUCGGAAAGAUGUCGGAAAUCGGGAUCGCCACUUAUGAUCCUCGACAAAGCAAGACAUCAAGCGGAGCAAUUUCGAAGCCCAGUCUGGAAAGUAUUGCGAAGGCUAUCACCGCUGAGCACAUCAUCAUUGACCAGUGGAAGGGUAUCACAGAGAGAACUUGCCCAGCUUUUUACCAUCGCAAGAACACCAAGCAGCCACACAAGGCCCCAGCGCCGCACAAAGCGCGGCCUUAUCACUGCAUGUUUGCGAGGUCGACUAUCGGCCUCAGCAAGGAGCAGGGGGUCGAAAGGCUGAAGGAUGUCUUAAGGCAGGCCACGGUCAGCAACCUCACCGCUGACGAGAUGAAGACGGGUGCCGAGCGACAAGUCAGAAUUAUCGUUUGGUGUGCGGAGAUGGAAGAGAAGAUCUUUAGCCAGGCUGGAGUCAACUUGGACGACCUCGGCUCCGAUAUCAAAAUGUGGGACUUCCAGAUAUGGAUGCCCUUCCGCCUUAGAUUCCCCAACUACCGCACAGCAGGCGAGACCGUUUUUGCAUCGUUGGGCGUUGUGGGAGCGCUGGAUCCUGAGGGACACCCAUCAACCGUCCUUCAUAACGCAACUAACGACACGGUUGCGGAGGUUCUUGCGUUUCUUGGGUGCAUGGUGAUGGCAGAAGCUGAGUGGGGUGCUUGGCUCAAUGAGAAGGUCGACCUGACCCCGAUUUCUUUCGACUGGGUUGACAAGACCAUUUACGAGCACAACAUCGCGCAAAGCCCCACGCCCAAGUCGAAAGGCAAGGGCCGCGGAAAGCCUCGGGUUGGACAAAGCUACAACACCAGAGAGCCCAGAAAGGACACAGCCACAAAAUGCAAAUCGCCUCCAAAGACGACCUACACGACAAAGCCAGCGCCUCUGGACGUCAAUAACGCGACAUCAUACAGCAGUGUCAGACAGGAAGCAUGGAUGGCCGAGUCAACGAGCAGUUGCGGUAACAACUGGGACAGAAACGAUGACUGGGCCGACAACUCCAACAUUGGAUGGCCCGCCGAUACUUGGACCACCGACGGAACAUAUGGUACCUCUACUGACAAUGACAUGGACUGGGUCAAUCGCUCUGGUAGCGGCUGGCCAGAUAAUUCCAGCCCGUCGAGCAAUGAUUCGGGUGAUCUUACAGCCAACUUCUCCGGAUGGCCUCCCGAGAUGGAUGACAGGAGUGAUGCCUCGGACGAAUUCACGGGAUGGCCUGAUGACGUGAGCGAUGUGGAUGAUUCGGAGGAUACCUCGGCCGGCGCUUCAGGAUGGCCUGCAGACAUGGACUAUCCGGAGAUUAUCUCGACGCUUGACUCAAGCGAACACACCAAGACUGACACCAACAACGAAAAUGUUCCUUCCGCCUCCAUGUCUGUCGGUUGCGCAUCGGAGCGUAACGAGUGGCAAACCGUCCAUCAUUUGCGCCGCGGAAAGAAGAAGACAUUCAAUGCGGGUGCUUACCGCCGCUGA